UAUGGCACUGGCAGGGAGGCCUCUAGAUGUGACCCUUGGCAGCUCCAGACCUGAACAGUGGAAUAUGGUUUUUCCCCAGAAAGAUGAAAUCAUCACCAGCUUAGUGUCUGCCUUAGACUCCAUGUGCUCCGCGCUGUCCAAGCUGAACGCCGAGGUGGCCUGCAUUGCUGUGCAUGACGAGAACACCUUUGUGCUGGGCACUGAGAAGGGCAGAGUCUUCCUCAGUGCCAGGAAGGAGCUGCAGGCUGACUUCCAGAAGUUCUGCCGAGUCCAGCAGCGGAGGGAGCAGGACGCAGAGGCGCAGAAGAAGGCAAAGGAGUGUGGACGAAGCAUGCUCAGGGUCUCCCCGGACCAGGGAUCAGACGUGUACCUCCUCAGGAAGAUGGUAGAGGAAGUGUUUGAUGUGCUUUAUAGUGAAGCAGUUGGGAAGAGCAGCGUGGUCCCUUUGCCCUACGAACGCUUCCUGAAGGAGCCGGGACUGCUGGCGGUGGCCGGCUUGCCUGAAGGGAUCAGCUUCAAAAAACCCAUGGAGUACGACGUGAAGUCCCUGAUGGCCAUUUUAGAGCACAGCCACAGCAUCCGCUUCAGGCUAAAAAGGCCGGCGGAUGAACCCAGCAGAGAGCCGAACCCUAGCGUAGAGUUGACUUGUACCUCCCUCGUGCCCAAGGGCAGCCGAGACCCCGGUGCCAACAGCCACAUGGCCAAACCCUCUGGCCAGGACGCUCCCCCCGCCGUAGCCGUGACCAAUUUUUUAUAUGGUGUCUCACUGCCUACGCAGAUCGCCAUGGACCUAAAGCAGGAGGUGUCCUCCGGUCUGCACGGGGCGACCAUGGCCAGUGAGGUGCUGCUGCCCAGGCCCUCGGGAGAGCUGAAGGUGCCUUCCUCACAGGAGUACAGCGACUGCUGUGGACAGAAAUCAGCUGUCUCCGGGGGUCCUCUCAUCCAGAAUGUGCACUCAUCCAAGCGCAUCCUCUUCUCCAUUGUCCACGACAAGACAGAUAAGUGGGACAGUUUUAUAAAAGAAACUGAAGAUAUCAACACCCUUAGGGAGUGCGUGCAAAUUCUGUUUAACAGCAGAUAUGCUGAAGCCUUGGGGUUAGACCACAUGGUCCCCGUCCCAUACCGGAAAAUCGCGUGCGACCCCGAGGCAGUGGAAAUCAUUGGCAUCCCUGAUAAAAUACCCUUCAAAAGACCUUGCACCUACGGCGUCCCCAAACUCAAGCGGAUACUGGAGGAGAGGCACAACAUCCAUUUUGUCAUCAAAAGGAUGUUUGAUGAGAGAAUUUUCACAGGAAGUAAAUUUACCAAAGAUCCAACCAAGCUGGAGCCCUCCAGUCCCCCUGGGGAAAUCUCCCCUGAGCCGCACCGCGGGGCCGUGCUGGAGCUGGCGGGGACAUCACAGGCUGCCAGCAGGUCAGAGAAAUGUGGCGUUCCUGAAAGCUGCGAACCAGGUACCUCAGGAGAGCUGGGUGGGAUCAGACAGAUCAAAAUCGAGCCGGAUGAGCUGGACAUCAUUCAGAUCACUGUUCCAGACCGAUCGCCCAGUUCAGAUGAGUUGCAUGACCCAGUGACCACGCACAUGGCCUCGGAGGAGUCGAGCUACAUCCUAGAUGCAGUAGCAGGGACAGAGAAGGGGCCUGGUGAGGAGCAACGACAUGAAGAGAAACAGAUGGAGGGAUCAGAUGGUAUAGGGGACGUUUUGAGUCAUUUGAGGAAACAAGUAGAAAUUUUGUUCAACACGAGAUACGCGAAAGCCAUAGGAAUAUCAGAGCCGGUCAAAGUUCCCUACUCCAAGUUCCUGAUGUACCCUGAGGACCUGUUUGUGGUAGGUUUGCCAGAGGGCAUCCUGCUGCGGCGUCCCAACUGCUUUGGGAUUGCAAAGCUGAAGAAGAUCCUCCAAGCAAGCAACAACAUCCAGUUUGUCAUUAAAAGACCAGAGCUGCUGGCGGAGGGCAUUAAGGAGAUGGCUUUGGACAGCCCAGGAGCUAAAGCUGCCAGCGACUGUGGUGAUGCACUGCUGGAUGAUGCCGUGAAGAGACAGGGCUUCCAAGAAAAUUAUGAUGCCAGGCUUUCCAGAAUAGACAUUGCUAACACACUGCGGGAACAAGUCCAGGACCUGUUCAAUAAGAAAUAUGGUGAAGCCUUGGGGAUUAAAUACCCUGUACAAGUGCCAUACAAGAGGAUCAAGAGCAAUCCGGGCUCAGUGAUCAUUGAAGGACUGCCCCCUGGCAUCCCCUUCCGCAAGCCAUGCACCUUUGGCUCACAGAACCUGGAGAGGAUAUUGGCUGUAGCUGAUAAAAUCAAGUUCACAGUGACGAGGCCUUUCCAAGGACUCAUCCCUAAGCCCGAUGAGGAUGAUGCCAACAGGCUGGGGGAGAAGGUGAUUCUCCGAGAGCAAGUGAAAGAGCUUUUCAAUGAAAAAUACGGAGAAGCUCUGGGCUUGAACCGACCCAUCAUGGUGCCCUAUAAACUCAUCAGGGACAGCCCUGAUGCAGUGGAGGUCACUGGCCUGCCGGACGAUAUCCCUUUCCGAAACCCUAACACUUACGACAUCCACCGGCUGGAGAAGAUCCUGAAGGCACGGGAGAGCAUCCGGAUGGUGAUUAUCAACCAGCUCCAGCCUUUUUCCGAAAUCUGCACUGAGGCCAAACCAACAGAAAAAGAUAGCAGUGUUCCCAAGCGGAAGAGGAAGAGGAUCUCCGAAGGGAACUCAGUAUCUUCCUCUUCCUCAUCUUCCUCUUCCUCCUCUUCCAAUAUGGAGUCUACGUCGUCAACAAAUCAGAUCUCGCUUGUGCAAUGGCCCAUGAACAUGUACAUGUUAGACUAUGGUGGUCUAAAUGUCCAGAUCCCAGGACCUAUUAACUAUUAGACCUCAAUACCGAAUAAGAACCUCAAAUGAAAGAAUAAAUAAAUAAAUGUAAUUUAUGUAAAAAGUGUAUAUUCCAAUAUGUAUCAAUGCCUUUUAGUUUUUCCAAUGAUUUUUACACUAUAUUCCUGCCAUCAAGGCCUUUUUAAAUAAAAAUAAAAAGUGUUGCCUUGCUCUUAAAAGUACUUAUUUUAUUACAUACAUUAUUGACAAAUAGCAUCUGUAGGAAGGAGAAGGUGCAGGAGGACACCUCUGUCAGACCUCCUUGUGCUUUGGCUGCUGAUUGAAGUCUUCGUGACCAAGAGGUUUGGCUCAUUUUGGGGCUUCGUUUGCCACUGAUGUCUUCAGAUUGGAAGCAAAGGUAAAAACUCACUGGGAGCUGCAGGAGGAGGGGCGUGCUGCCUUCUGAAAUGGUGAAACUGUGCGCCUUUGGGCAGCCUGGUGCACUGGGGGUGUCCCUGCCUAUGGAGUUGGUGAGCUUUAAGGUCCCUUCCAACCCAGACCAUUCUGUGAUUCUCUGAUCUGUGAUUUCCUGCAGAUUUUAAUCUGUGAUUACCUGCAUUUUGGUGCUUUAAGGGGGGAGGAAAGCUUGUAUGAUCCAUUCCAAUUGAGCUCUGGUGCUCAACCCUUCCAUGGUGCUGGACCAAAAGCUGCAAGUGUUACAGAGAGAUGGGGAGAGCUUCCUCUGUGCACCACGAGAACCAAAUGAAGCAACCCCAUAAAUUGAGGGUUGUUAUUUAAAAUUUCCCCAACUUUACCUCCAUUCCACCAGCAGAUUUUGGCAGCAGAAGCUGGCGUUGCCGGUUGCUGCUUUCACCACUGCAGGUAUUUAAUGUGGGUUUUUGGGUGCUGAGAGCUGUGCUCGAGUGACACAAUGGGAGCAAGUGCAUGGCAAUGUAAGGGGUUGGUGAGCAGAAUGGUUUCCAUGCCCACAUUCCUGCUUGCAGCUGCCACCUUCAGGCAGAGGUGGCAUUGGUCACAAGCAUCAAAGUCACUCACAAUGGCUUUUCUGAGUGUAACAUGCUGCUCUGUUGGUUUUAUGAGUCUUCUCUGGAUGUGCACAAAUCCGUCUUCGUGCUGGCAGAAGGUUCUGAGCACAGGCAGAGCUAUUUCAAAUGGCUGCAAUUUUAUUUCCUCAUCCUCGACUUGCUGUGGAGUUGGAUGCAAAUGAUGGCACAAGAUAAUAAAAGCCUAAACAAAUGUAGCAGAAGGCACGAAGCUGGCAGCUGGAAGAAGGGCAAAGAUCUGUACCCAUGACCCCAAUUAGAUGUGCAGUUUGACAUCUGAUCAGUUGGCAUCAAAAUCUGAAGUCUUUCAUGUUUCUGCCUGGUGCUGAAACCCCA